GAUGGUGCUCAGUUGUAGAAAUGGCAGCGCUGAGACAGGAGCGUCGCUACGGUCUCUCCUGCGGCAAAAUCAACAAAAACAGUCCAAAUCGAACUCUUUAUCACGUCAAACUCACUGACACCGCCCUCCGGACCCUCGAAACCUACCAGAACUUGAAGGCAUCGCUACCCAAUCAGACAUCUAUUUGUUUCAAGGGAAGCCAAGGGUAUAUUAAGAUACCGACUUCGGAAUCUCCCGAUGGAUUCAGAGUCUUCUCCUUCUAUCUGUCCUGCGACAGCAAAGACAAACCUCAGUCCAGCUUCGACUGCAUUCAUCAGUUUGUUUCAGGAGAGGGCAAGGACCAGCUGGAAGGCCAGGGCAGCAUCCAGGACAAGAUCACAGUUUGCGCCACAGAUGACUCCUACCAGGCAACACGAGAACGCAUGUCCCAAGUGGAGAAGGACAUCUGGAGUCGCUCUGCUAUCGAGAUUAAACCAGGGCCAAGUAAGUGCGUGAAGGUCCAGAGGAAACAGGGUCUGGUUUCAGGCUCGGAUAGCAGCAACAAGCGGAGCCUGGUUCCCAGCCCUGUGGCACAACGGCCCUUGAGGGACCGCAUCAUCCAUCUCCUGGCCUUAAAACAUUACAAGAAACCCGAGCUGCUGCUGUGGUUGGAGAGAGAACGAGCCAGUCCUAAGGACAAGGCUGACCUGACCUCAGUGCUGGAUGAGGUUGGCAAGCUGAACCUUAAAGACAAUAGCUAUUCUCUGAAGGAUGAGCUUUAUAGACAUGUCCAGAGAGACUGGCCUGGAUAUCUGGAGGAGGAAAAGCAACUCAUCCACAGGCUUCUGAUCAGGAAGCUUCAGCCACUCCACAGUAACAGCCAGUUGAAAAGUCCCCAAACCAACCAGUCAUUCCACAAAACUCCCGGAGAUUCUCCCUCCCAACUCAGUCCUGCAAAGACGCUCUCUGUGAAACGUCCUUUGCCUUUGGAUCAAUCCAACUGUCAAACCCCCAAAAAACAGAGACUAACAGACCACUGCUUGCCACGACAGUCUCCGUCCCACAGAGACUACGGCACCAACAAUGCCGGCGCGCACGACAAAACCAACAAUCAUCUCCAGGCGUGUCCGAACGGUCUGCACUCGCCGCACAAACUGAGUGGAUCGUCAACUACUCCCAAAGCAGAGCGGACAGAGCCGGCUCCUAAGGCACUAACCCCCAAGACCCCACACAUGGACCCUACGGUUUGCACUGAACAACAAUUGCCCAACGGUCAACAUAAAAAGAAGAAGUCCAAAAAGCACAAAGAGAAAGAACGGGAGCGCUUAAAACCGGAGUGGAUCGAAACCAGCCCGGACUUGAAGAAGAACCAAGAUAAUCUCAAAGGGGAGAAAACACCUGUCAGAACCACAAAAGAAGACUUGCCAGACUAUUUAUUAAAAUACAGCUCGAUUACAGCACUGGAACAACGUGAGCAAUACAAAAAUGACUUCUGUUCAGAGUACGACGAAUACAGAGCUCUUCACGACCGCAUCGGAGCCAUUACGGAGAUGUUUGUUCAGUUAGGCUCAAAGAUCAACACGCUCUCACCGGGAACACAAGAGUACAAGUUAAUGGAGGAGCAAAUACUACAAAAGUACCGCAAGUAUAAGAAGAAGUUUCCCGGCUACAGGGAAGAAAAGAAGCGAUGCGAGUAUCUCCAUCAGAAACUGUCACAUAUCAAAGGUCUGAUCUUGGACUUUGACCGUGCCCAGGAGCUCUCCUAGUAAAAUGGCGGCUACUCUCAAGACAGAGAGAUUUGAAAAUGGACCAAAAGACUCGCAGUGGACCCAAAGACUGACCAACUGGGUACUACAGUUACUGAAACAAAACUCUCUUUACUCCUCCGUGUGUCAAUGGAAUCAAGGAGCAAAGGUCGUGCCCGGACCACUGACUCGUGAUCAAAUGUUGCCCUUUAACCCAAUGCUUUCAGUGCUGUAAACACUGCAAAUUCUCCUGCUGUAAACUGGGCAGAUGUGCAAGUGAAAGCCAAAUCUUAUUUGUCGUUUUCCUGAAUUUGAAUAAUUUAUAGUUCCUGCCGAAAAGUUUGUUAAUUUUAUCUCUUGCCAGAGAGCAUUGAGUUUAUGAAAGUAUUACAUUGAUGGUACAAUCAGUCUUAGAGGGAAACAAAUGAAUGCUACUAGUAUGUACGUGUCAAGCAAUCUCGUUACUUGCUGUUUGCUGACUUGACACAUUCAGUCACUUUAUUUAAAUAUGGACAUCCAAUAUAGAUUUGUUAAAAUGCCUCAACAUGAAGACCACCUGACAGUAACAAUUUUUGCAGCACUGAGACUAAACAAAAGUGUCUAAAUGAAUAAAUUACAGUGGUGCCUUGUGAUAAAAGUAACACAGUUUACUAGCUUAAAGAUAUGAAAUGUCAUCCGUGCAAAUUUUUUUUUUUUUUUUUUUACUUCUAAGUGUAUCCUUGAGAUACAAGCGCUUAUAUUUCAGUCACAAUAAGCAGCAUUUUGACAAACACACAGCAAUUCUUCAAAGAAGCUUGUAUUUAAUGCCACUAGCAGUUGACGUUUAUAUAUAUUUUUAAAACAACUACAUAGAUUAAUCCUGUAUAGGGCAAGUGACUUUUUGGGGUAAUUUAAAAAACAAUUUAACAUAUUGAAGAACCGGCGUCCACAUACGUGGACAUUAUCUUGUGGGUAUUACACUUGGAAUUAGAGUUGUCAGGAUACAUCUUUUUUGACUGGCGAUCUGUUUUUCUUUCAAAAUGUUUUGCCGAUUCAUAUACAGUGGUACCUCGACAUACGACCGCUUCGACACACGAUCUUUUCGACAUCCGACAUUAAAUUUGACUCGCCAUUUGUUUCUGCAGCUGAUGACGCUGGACGGACGCACAGCAGAUUUUCUUGUGAGAGAAAUCAAAACGGGUUCCAAGAAUGUUAGUGCAAGUGGUGAAAAAAAGGUGACGCUUACCAUUGAAAAGAAGAUUAAAAUUAUAGAAAAAUAUGAGCGUGGUGUGCACGUCCGUGAACUGGCUCGACAAUACCGCCGUCGAAGGUCUACGAUCUCGACGGUCCUCCUCUGACCUCCGUUCGCCAGUCCUUAUAAGUUAAGGUCACAAUUAUCAUCGUUAGAUCACCAGAGAAAUCACCAGCUUCGUCAGGUUGUUAAUCAUUUAUUCCAGAAUGUGGUCAACACAACAUGCCUACUGUCCGCCGCAGCUGACGGCGACAACAAAACAUGAAAAGUGAAAGUAAAAACUCUAAUGUACAUCUCUUACUCUGUCACGUCAGUCAUGCGGUGCGUUCAAGUACACUACGCAAAACACAACUGCCGCAUUAGAACCCGAUUCGUUACAUUUAAUAUUAUUAUUAUUUCGAUUUUAUUCAAAAAUUAUUUGUUUUGCUCUGUGUAAUUGCUAUUUGCAAUCGUACCGGCAGUAUUUAUUAAGCAUUUAGUGUAGGUUUUCCAGGCCGUGAAACCAAUUACUGGAAUUAUAAUGUAUUCUUAUGGGAAAAUCCUGCUCGACACACGACCAUUUCGACUUACAAACAAUCCCCUGGACCGAAUUAACCAAAUAUGUAGAGUUACCACUGUAUAUUUUUAGAGAAUUAACUAAAGCAACCUGUAAAUGACAAGUAAUAGUUUUGGUAAUAAUGUGAGCCCUAAUGGUAACUCCUCGACAACUGCUCCAUUUACAAAUAUUACACGAUGCUCUUUCGCCAUCUUCGGUUCCGAAAGAUGUAGUCCCACAAAGCGGCGAUGUUUGCCUAGUGAUUUAAUUUACAGUAGCUGAAAAGUGUGACGAUGUUGGAAACACGUGUGAUUACUGGAUCGGGUCCGAUCCUGUGACCAAAUCUGAUACUCCAAAAAUAGCUGUAUCGAUUGCUGAUAAUUGGUAGUGUGGCUUACAUGACCCAAAAUGUGGCACUUUGAUUUUUUUUUUAAAAUAUUAAUCAUUAUUUUAAAUAAAAUGAAUAAAAACAGAACUAUACUCUGGAAAUGACCCCAAUAACAACCUUAAGGUUUUUUUUCUUCAUGAUGUAUAUCCCAUUGCCUUGUCAUUGACAAUGCCAAAUUUGUGCCCAAAUAAAGAAGCUGAACAUUAACUCGCUAGCUUAAUGCUAAAGCUAACACAUACAUGGCAAUGCACCAGCUCUACACCCUCGGCAGGGUCUUCGAGGGUGCAUGGGAGUUCACACAACCAGUCUACAUGUGUUUUGUGGAUCUGGAGAAGGCGUUCGACCGUGUGCCUCGGGGAGUGCUCCGGGAGUACUGGCACCAAACCCCUUGCUAAGGGCUGUUCAGUCCCUGUACGACCGGUGUAGAGUUUGGUCUGCAUUGCCAGCAGUAAGUCGUUCCCAGUGAGGGUUGGACUCCGCCAAGGCUGCCCUUAGUCACCAAUUCUGUUCAUAAUUUUUAUGGACAGAAUUUCUGGGUGCAGCAGAAGCGUUGAGGGGGUCCGGUUUGGUGACCUCUGCUUUUUGCAGAGGAUGUGGUGCUGUUGGCUUAAUCAAGCCUCCAACUCUCACUGGGGCAGUUCACAGUUCAGUAUGAAGCUGUUGGGAUGAAGAUCCGCACAUCCAAAUCAGAGACCAUGGUCAUCAGUAUGAAAAGGGUGGAGUGCCCUCUCCGGGUCGGGGAUGAGAUGGUAAAUGGUGUUAUACUUGUAUAGCGCUUUUUCCACCUUUCAAGGUGCUCAAAGCGCUUUACACUUAAUUGCCAUCUAUCUACUGGUGACGCAGCGCCUGGAGCAAUGUGGGGUUCAGUAUCUUGCUCAAGGAUACUUAGGCGAGUUCAUCAGGCUCUGGGUUGGGGGACAACUACUUUACCACUGAGCCACGCCAUCCCCAUCCUGCCCCAAGUGGAGGAGUUCAAGUAUUUUGGGUCUUGUUCACAAGCGAGGAUAGGAAGGACCGGGAGAUCGACAGGCGGAUCGGUGCAGCGUCAGCAGUAAUGUGGACUCUGCACCUGUCCGUAGUGGUGAAGAAGCAGCUGAGCUGAAGACAAAGCUCUCGAUUUACCAGUCGAUCUAUGUUCCUACCCUCACCUAUGGUCAUGAGCGAUGGGUCGUGACCGAAAGAACAAGAUCCCGGAUACAAGCGGCCGAAAUGAGUUUCCUCCGCAGGGUGUCCAGGCUCUCCCCUAGAGAUAGGGUGAGAAGCUCGGUCACCCGGGAGGGACUCGGCGUCAAGCCGCUACUCCUCCGCAUUGAGAGGAGCCAGCUGAGGUGGCUCGGGCAUCUGGUUCGGAUGCCUCCUGGACGCCUCCCUGGAGAGGUGUUCUGGGCAUGUCCCACUGGUGGGAGGCCCCGGAGAUGACCCAGGACACGCUGGAGAGACUAUGUCUCUCGGCUGGCCUGGGUAACCCCUUCGGAUCCCGCCGGAGGAGCUGGUUGAAGUGGCUGCGGAGAGCGAAUUCUGGGCUUCCCUGUUAAAGCUGCUCCCCCUGCGACCCCAGCGCAAGCAGACGAUAAUGGAUGGAUGGAUAACUGGCAAUGCAUAUAAUGUACAGUAUAACCCUUUAAGCAACUGAUGGUUUUAACACAAACGGCUCAGCAACACUUUUAGACAUUUAUUAUACUUUUCAACAUCUCAGACUUACUUCAUCCUCUAUGAGGAGCAGAGACAUCUAUACCAUGUAGAUGUCCAUGUAUAUAGUUUUGCCAUCUCUACUAUGGUGUCAAAAGCAGGCAGCAGCUCAACAAUUUAACCAAUUCAUUCAUUCAUCUUACAUUUAUCCUAUCCUUGGAUGAACAAAAACACUUUUUCAUUCUAUUGUACUCUGGUUGAGGUAAAGCAUGUCACGGAACAAAAUACUCGCAUUCAAGGCACCACUGUUUAUAAAUGAGUUUGCAAGUAUGUUAUCGGGAAUAUCAUUAUAUGAAUUUCUGCUAGAAGUAAACAAAAUUUGUCUUUAGUCUACUAUCAAGCUUAGUGUCGCCCAUGUCCACAUUAUGUCGCCUACCAUGAAUUGCCUUUUUGUUUUGUAUGUCACUCACACAUCACCUAUCGCUUAUCGUCUCCUGCUUUCAACUGGGUUGUUUACCGGCACAGUUGCUCAAUGAUACAUCUCAUGCUGUGUACUACAAAGGAAAUUUAUCUGGGUAAACACAGCCAUUUGCUUGCCAUUUCUGUAUUCAUGAGAAGUGUUGUGUUUUGCUCGCCAUAUUUGGCACACAGUCUAAAUGACGCCUUAUAACACUAAAAUUGGAACGGUAGAGAUAAUGUUGGCCCAAAGUUCAAUGGGUUGACCUUGACAUUAAACAGGCUGGAAUCAGAUUGUUGUGCUUUCUAGACCUCUUUGUCAAAAUUACAUUCAUUGUAAUGAUUGCAUCAGAGAGGGAAAGAGAAAAUACUGGUUGCCUUAACGCACAUGUUAUACAUUUAUGUUUAUGGCAUCACCGAACAGGUUUUAAGUGCGCUAUUCUCGUGUUAUUGAAUUGGAAACCAAGUUUCAAGGUUACCUACAAACUGGAUAGUUAGGGACAUUUUCUUACCAGUGCUGUUCUUAUUUCUCAAGAUGUCGUUUUCAACUAUGACAGAAUUGUUCUUUAACUACAAAGAUUUUACUAGCCAUCCUAUAAUUUAUUUUUUUUUUUUUAAUCUGCAUAAAUGUAAGUUACCUCAAAGAAAUUUUUUCACACUAACAUUCUCUUUCAACUGGUCAGAUCUACAGAAUACAGUGGAUAUAAACAUUUUACACACCAGUUCAAUUUUAGGUUAGCGGUCACCCAAAUGGUAAGAAAGGUUUGAAAAUGAUUCAUUUUGUUCCAUUUCACAAACACCUGGUGUUUAAAAAGAAAGACUCUUACUAGGAGAUUUGGGACAAAAUAUCAUUUGAUGAUAUGUCGCGAUACGAAACGUCACAAUACUCAUUGUGUUUAUAUAGACUAGAUACCCUGCCACAUGAUUGAGGCAACAUAGUCGGAGUGCAGAAAGGGUUACCAACUGCUUAUAAUGAGUAGACAGUAGAACAAGCUUACACCCACUUCACGAUUCAUUAGUACGAGCAGGCGAUUCAAUUAGUUUCAAACCAAAAUUAAAAUAAUCACAUGACAACAAACCCUACACAGUAUAACUAGUAAUUAAUGGAACAACUGGAACACUAACUGAAGGAAAUUAGCACAGAACAUGAACCUUUGGAAGUUAUUUAUAGCCUCAGCACCACAUUGCAUGCUGGGAGAGAUGCAUGAGUUGCAGUACUUUGGGAUGACAAAAAUGUUGAUUGCAAGCGGGUGGCAGCAGAGGUUGUCUGUCUCUCUCAAUGCUAGCAGUGAUAGCCAAAUGAAGCUUCCUGACGCAAUAAGGCUUUGCAGCCAAUUGGUUCAGUAUGUCGCUAUCAAGUGGUCCUGAAGCUCAAGAGCCAACAGUGUUGAGAAAUCUUUGGCUUUUUUUUUUCCAGAAAAUAUGAGUGCUUGUAAAUUUUUGAUAUCGUAUCGUGACGCAUCGUAUCGUGAUCCUGGCAUAUCGACAUGCAUCAUAUCAAAGAGUUUGUCCCAUCUUUGUUUACUAGGUUAAGAUUUUGGGAUGUUCGACUCAUGUCUUGGCAUAUAUGAAAAGGAAAUAUUUCUUAGCACUGAUAUUUCAACCUGAUGAUAACAUACUUUUAACAAAUUGGGAAAUUCUGUAUGCUCUAUGAAUACACCUUACAUAGGCUGUGCUGGAAUUCAAAUGACCAUAGUUCAUUUAUAAUCGUGAAGACAGCAUUAUCAACACAAAACAUUGUAUUCAUAUUUCAUACCUCAAAAAUAAAUGUCAUUCAAAGUAGAAUUGUACUCACAAAUUUUGUCAUAUAACAAACAUUAAAUCAUCUGUGUCGAAUACAUUGAGUCGAGGUUUUUCCAUCAACCGAAUGAGGAAUGUCCAUCAAGUAUAGUUCAAUACAUUUUAAUUAAAGAUCAAGAUUACCCAGUAAUCAUGAGAAUAAGAUUGUACCAUUUUGGUUGAGGGACUUAAUGAAGGAAUAAAAGAUUUUUUUUUUUAAUUACUCUUAAGCAGCACAAUACAGAAGGUGCCUUCACAUUAACAAGGAAAUUCAAGAACUUAGUUUACUUAACCUGUCUGUAGUUUCACACUGUUGCCACUAUAAACAUGAUGUUGUCAAAUGCAAUAAGAGCACUUGGGUUAGACAGAAAAGCCUUCCAGUGUUUCAAAAAAUGUUAUUUGCAUACAUGAAUAUUCAUGUUUUUCUCCCUCCUGAAAUAGCCCUUAAUGUGGUUAAUUCUGCCAAAAUAAGUUUUCUCCAUGAUGGUUACAGCUUUGUUGGUACUGGAACAACAAUGACACUGAAAUGUGAAAAUAUUUUGUCUACUAAACCCAGCAAAUGAUCUACCCAGGAGAACAAAUGUUUAUUAUUUAUUGCCUAAUUUUGUUGUUCUUUUGCGGUAUUCCUCUUUGCAUACUCAUUUGUUUUCUUUCUACAAUAAAACCGGCAAGUAUGGUGAAAGGGAAAUGGAAUAUAUUUUUGCAAUUCUGAUGGAAGAUGCGUUACGCAGACGCCACACUCAUGAGAAAAAAGCUUUCAGGCAUACAAAUGUAUUGUUGUCUCAUUAAAAAUUGAAAAUAAAGCUAUUUUCAAUGGAGCGUGUGGACAGUGUUACAUAUGUGGAGGCUUGUGUGUGUAUGUGUGUAUUGUACCCAUUGCAUUUCUGCACUUACAUAUAGUGUGAGGUCAGAGCCUCAAUACUAACGUUUCAAGGCACAUUUGACAAAAAUUUCUGUAUGAUUGAGAAGAAAUACUGCUUAGGUUUGCAUAGGUGUGACCUUAUUUAUUUCACAUUAAGUGUUAAAUGGUUUAGAGUCAAUUAAAUCACGCCUAUGACCGGCAAUGGCAGCAAGUUGACCAACUUCAGCUAUGUUAAAAGGUGCACCUUUCAUGAAUUUCUAGGAAUCAGUCGAUCCUAGCCGCUCUUUGCUGUUAAUGUCAGAAGGAGUUGUAUUUUUAUUGGUGUUUCAUAAAAGCACUGUGUGGUAAUUGUUUUGUAGCCACUAGAUG